GGUCUGCGCCAGUUAGGAAGUGAAAUGCUGUCCAAAUACUCGCCUGUAUAUUUUCUAUUGUUCUACAUUACUACAUCUCAUGGAUUUCAACCACGAUGCGGCCAGCGUCAAAAUGAUGUUCCUCGAGCUACGCAGUUCCACAUACCUUUCGACUAUGUGAUGCCCGAACACCGUCUAGUAGGAAGCAGCGUGUCUGAACCACACUCAUGGCCGUGGGUGGUACAGAUUACAUACAGAGGUCUACACAGGUGUGGAGGAGCCCUUAUCAAUGAAGAGUAUGUGCUCACUGCAGCACAUUGUUUUGCACGGAGUAGGAAAACACCGUUAUACCGAGUCCGAGUAGGAGCACACAAGUCUGGUAGUGGCAGAGGACAUUACAUCAGAAGCCUCUCUAUUCACUCGAUGUUUAAUGUACUUUGGCCAAGUUCGUAUGAUGUAGCUUUACUCAGGAUAGGACCACCAGUGAAGUUCAAUGAGACUGACACAGCACGUCCAAUUUGUUUACCUUCAAUGGCACCAGUAACUCAUCAGAUGUGUGUAGUAGCAGGAUGGGGAAUGACUGUGGAAGGUGGAAUAAAAUCGGAUAUGCUGCGGGAAAUCCACGUUCCAAUAUUACCGUUCAGCCAAUGCAAUAACCUACAGCAUUAUGCGGGAAGAGUGCAUUUGCCUUCAAUGAUCUGCGCUGGAUAUACGGAAGGAGGCAUUGAUUCAUGCCAGGGAGAUUCUGGAGGACCAUUAAUGUGCACAGUCAUGGGUCGUUGGGAAGUCUUUGGCGUUGUGAGUUGGGGCAUUGGAUGUGGCCGAGAAGGAAAACCUGGCGUGUACACAAACAUUCAUGCGGCUAUGUCAUGGAUACAACUAGAAUUGGCAAAAAGCAAGUAAUGAAAACAUGGAAAUAGACCAUCUGCUUUGCUCACUUCCUUCCGUACUCAUUUGGUUGCUUACUAAUUUGGUAACAAUUCUCCGAUCUCUUCUAACCAAGACUUUCAGUAAGAGAAAAACGAGUAUAUGCUCUAAAUUACAUGUCAUAUAUAUUGUACUGCAUU